CCACGAGUGCUCUUUUCUACAACGUGCAUCCUUGAAGGUAUGUGUAUAAACUCUAGUCUAAUCUCAACAUUUAGAUCAUUUUCUCAUCUUCUCCGGAAUCGUCCGCAUGCAUAUCCGGAUUGUUGCCUUCCUGCGCAAGACUUGAUCCACCUUUCACGCGGAUUAUACCGACUGUUUUUACCACUAGAAACCCAGGAUACAAAGCGUUAUUUCCAUCACGCGAAGAUCCAGACUGUGCUGAUAGCUGGUUGGAACAAUGCCAUUCGUAAAACACUGCCUAGCAGCUUCAAUUUCUCUCCCGAGAGUAGAAUAUCGCACGAAAACCACAGCUUCUUAAACAGAUAUCCAACAAGCCACUAG